UCACGCCCAUCUCAGUCGAUGAGGUGAAGACAAGUUCUAAAUCUAAGAAAACUUAAAAAGCUUGGUUCAUGUUGGAAGGAAACGUAUUGAUGCUUUUUGUCCACAUUUGAUAAUUAUUUUUCCUCCCUCUUCCAAGCGUGCAGAUAUUUCUUUUCAACUAAACCUCUUAGUAUCUACCUACAUAUAUUCCGCUACCCCUCGAAACAAGCAACAAUGACGAAAGUUAGAUGAACGGCUUUCUCUCGGGUGAAUUAUUAUGUGUACUUUAGGCUUUGGGACGCCAAACAUGCAUUGUGUAAGAAUAGAGACUGCCACCAAAUUUCAACUCGCACCAAAUAUACGUAAAAGAGAACUACCCGUAACGUGACGUUGAUGUAAAGAUGCUUUGUCCGGAAAGUAUUACACAUUGUGUCAGAAUGAUGCAAAUAAUUCUUACAUUCCGAAAAUAAUAUGCAACGGAGAUUUUCUCGUAAUCGACCCUAUACUAGGAUAUAAUACAAAAGGUCUGCUAUCUAUUUAUGCGAGCGCAUUUCAAAUGUGUUCCAAAAUCCUAACCAGAAACAAGAACACGUCUGUACAGAUGCAGCUGUGGGCCUGAGCAAUAUGGAAAAUUCCAAACCCGAUGAGCCUGAUAAAAGGACAGCGAUCCAUUGCGAUGGUGUAACUCUCGACGAAGCACUCUCGUUGAUAAGGUUUGGCAAAUUUAAUUACCUGUUGAUAGCAAUUGCGGGAAUGAUCCACACUGCGGUUCUGAUGGAGACCAUAGGUAUUAGCUUUGUGAUUGCUGUGGCCGAAUGUGAUCUCCGAAUGUCGACCCAACAAAAGGGAAUUCUUGGUGCAAUUGCUUACGUAGGAAUUAUCGUCAGCUCUCAUCUUUGGGGCUUCCUGGCGGACACGAGGGGGCGACGGAAAGUGAUCGUCCCAACACUUUUUCUAGCUUCCACAAUAACGCUCGUUUCCAGCUUUAUGAGCAGUUUCUGGGCUAUUACGGUCUGUCGUUUUUUAACGGGGUUCUUUAUUUCUGGAGCAUCGGCGACGGUCUAUCCUUACCUGGGGGAAUUCCACAGCAACAAAACGCGAUCACGAGCCAUCCUGGGAGCUUCAUUCGUGUACGGAUUCGGCUGUCUGCUACUGCCAACGUUACCGUUCCUGGUGAUGAAUCAGCCGUGGGAUCUACCCAUUCCUUUGCUGGGAAUCGUCUACCGUCCGUGGCGAUUGUUUUUGGCAAUAUGUGGUCUACCGGGUUUCGUUAGUGCUGUCGCUUUGCUUAAGUUUCCAGAAAGCCCCAAAUUUGUGUUUAGUAGAGGUAAUACAGAACAUGCUAUCGACAUUAUCCAUCAAAUACAGUGUAUGAAUUCGAACAACAAGGAGCAGAUCCCCAGAUUGAAUGGUAUUAUAGACGACUUAGAGAUACAACAGUCCAAAAUCCAUUUGGCUGAAAUGAACAAUUCCAAUGGAUUUCAUGCGCUCAUGAAGCUUGUUUGGAAGCAAACCGCUCCACUGUUCAUGGAACCGUAUAUGGGUAGGACUGUCAUCAUGUGCUUUCUUCAGUUUGGAAUGUUUCUUACCGCUCACGGAAUGUAUGUAUUUUUCCCUGGAAUUUUGAACCAGAUGCUGGAAGCACAAGAGGCUGGUGUCAACAGGACUACCACGUGUGAUUUGAUUAUGUCUCGUGGAUAUUCUACAAGAGGGGAUACGGCACAUCAACAGGGAUGUAGCCAAACCUUGAACAUUACAACGUACGAACUCACGUUCAUCUUGGAAGCAAUUCAUACUGUAGGAUUCGCCGUCAUCGGAUUGAUCAUCAACACUGUGGGGAAGUUGCUUAUUAUGGAGAUCGUUUUCGUGUGCUGUGGUAUAUCUGGAAUAAUGGUGAUAUUCGUAGACAUCCCCUUACUCGCCAUUUGGCUCUACAUGAUUCUGAUGAUGGGUGGGCUAAGCGCUUGCGUAACCAAUACCAUUACAGUGGAUCUGUUUCCCACUAAUUUGAGGGCAAUGGCCGUUUCCAUCUCGCUAAUGUUCGGUCGGUUAGGGAGUGUUACCGGUGCUAACAUGCUCGGACUAUUGCUCGACAGCCAGUGUCAGCUAACGUUUGGGAUUGCCGGAUCCCUCAUGCUUGUUUGUGGCGUGAUUGCGUUUUUCAUUCCGAACAUUCACAAAAAAGUGAAUGCGUCGGAAUAGUUACCUACAAAAUAUACUGAUAGGCAGAAUAAAUAGCACACCUCAUAAUUUAUUGAUUUUUUCUCAUUUAUUUGACUCAAAUUAAAGUAAACGCACUCUAAUCUUUUUUGAUAUCUUAAUUAUUACUAUCUGACCCGGCGAACUUCGUCCUGCCCACGAUAGAUAUUUACAUUAAAAUGAUAGCGAACACUCACGUUUCCCUCCAGAUUGUUUUUCCUGAGCGAUAUAUAUUCGCGAUUAGGGUUGCCACAUUUAAAUCUGUAAAAUCUUCUGAAAAAAUCCAUAUAUCUGUAUUUUUAUCAGAAAAAUCUGUAUAAAAAACCUGUAACACAAAUAGGUAUCGAAAAGUUAAGGGGUUCGGUUUUCAAAAAAUUAAAUUUUGACGUCUGCGACACUAGUAAAUAAAGUCCGAUUGAGCUAAAAUUUUGCAUAGGGUGUUUUAUAGUGCAAAUCAACAUUUCGCAGGAAGUCGUGUGAGAAAUCGAGAAGGCCAUUAUUCCGGAAAAAAGACUAAGUCAAGAUUUCAUAUACAGUUCGGAGGAGGUUCGCUUCACCAAUCAAAUUGUAUGAAUUUGCUCUCAACAAACUAUUAAAUUUUAAAGAUUUGUUCCCAUAGCAAAAUAAUUUCGAAAUGAUGACAUAACAAAAAAAAUUUUGAACUGAAACACCAGAAGCGAACAUAUUAGACGGAAGUCAUAGGUUCGAUAUAAAAAUUGAACUAUCCAGCUUACCAACCAACGAGCAUUCUUGCCUGUGAUAUCGCACCAUCAGAAUACCAUCUCGGAGAGCCCUGAAAAAAGUGGAAAGGAACGUGAUCAAUGAAAGUGUCGUACGCAGCGGAUUGUGUUUAGCUUCUUUAUUUAUUUUAUAUUAAGUUACCCAAAUACAACAACGCGAAUUGGGUUCAAUCGGAACGUACAUUUUAACGGGAGUAGAUUGGGAGAAGAUAAAGCAAAAUAUUCGCUACUUGGAGUUACAUUUUAAACUGUUGUUAGUUUUCGUACAACGACUGGUUCAUAUGACCACAUCCUACCAUGUUACCGAUCGCAAUAGCUGACUGUUCAUAUCAAAAACUGUACACUUCUCACGUUGGUGUGUAACUAUCCCAUCAUGUAUGCGUGUGUGGAUGUUUUUAUUUUCAUAAAAUAUUUUGUUUCAAUUACCCUCUUAGGUAUAUGUGUAUGUAUAUAUCAAUAAGUUUAGCUUAUAUCCUUUUUUUCUCCGUUUUAAACAUGUAAAAAGUAACAUCUUCGAAUCAUUUUAUAGCUUACGUUUAUUAAUAAAUAAAGAUUAUGGAACGAAAGAAAGAGUGCAACUAAGUAGCUUAACUGUUGUAAUUGGAAAUUCAACGACUGCGAAAUUGUUCAUGUCUUGUAUCGUGUUGACCUGUCAUAGUUGCUUCAGCCAUAAUAUUUAAUACUUUUCAAGUGCGGAAGGUCAAAGAUUAUACACUUUCUUAACAGAUCCCACUAAUAAUAAUAAUCAUUCUAUUAUGUUGGUGUGUGUGUGUGUGUGUGUGCUUGUGUGUAUAAAUGGUACCCACGGCAUUAGAUGGCCAGGUGUAAUGUCUACUAGAGGUCCGGCAAUCACGAUCUCUUUAGUUUUGUUAGUAUAAAAAUAGAUCACAUCCCUUCGUCCCUUUGAAUUUUGGUUUAACUUAAUUAACAAAAGGUGUGGCAUAAAUGAUCGUGAGUGCAUUUCGGACCACCUUGCACGACAUGAGGACGGGCACCAGGAUGCCAGGGUGUCAGAUUAGGAUGCCGAACGAAAGCACCACAUUUUAUCCACCUCAGCUUCAUUCGAACGUUGGUUAAGAGAUAAAUUAAACAUAACAAUGUUUUAAAUAUUAGCAAUAAAAUCAAACAAAAAAUGUCAAUAAUUGUAGAAGUAAUAAUAAUAAUAAAAGUGGACGCUUUUUAUCUCACAAUCGUAAGUUUUGAUACAUGUUGUUUUGAUUAUUUUAUCUUUAGGUGUUUUCAGUUGCUGUUGCUGCAAUAGUUGUAACCAAUUUUUAAAGCUACGUUUUUGUGUUGUCCGUUUUCCGUCUAUCUGCUGUCAUGAAGCAUUCACCCAACAAAAAAAUAAUACGGUUCCCACCCCGUUGGAGGGAACGCAUGGAACGAUCGAAUGUUGUCUAGUUUACUUUCCGCAGAAACAAGCCGAAAUACCAACCUUUUCCAUGGUACCCCGCAUCGGUUGCGGCUCCACCACAGUGGUUAAAUCUUCUUCGCUACUGGUGCUGGCCAGGAGCUACCACCAGUCUCAUUUGAACUUGGUUCUCCCCGGAAGGGUUGGACUGUCGGGAGGAGUUGAGACGGUGGUACCGGAAGCGAACUGAUGAUGCGACGUUAAGGUAGAUGCUCCACCAGCAGACGACGUCGUUGGCAUUGGCUUGGGUGGCUUAGUAAUACCCGGCUUGAAGGGGUGAUGCAGCUUCCGGAGGGGCCGUGGUGAAGGCUGAUCCAGUGUAACCGAUGCCAUCGCUGUUUGCU